CGCAGCCGGCGCUGGCCGAGGGAGCGAGCGAGCGGGCGAGAGGCGGGCGAGGGGGCGAGGGACGCCCGGGAGCGAGCGAGCCAGCCAGCCAGCGGAGACCGCGGAAAGUGUCAGCCUCCCGGGAGACAGCCCGGGCGCGCACGGCCCCGGCCCGGUGCGUGCACAGUCCGCGGGACAGCCGGGGGUUUUACGGAAGAAAGUCGGCAUCGCCUCCCCGUCCCCGUCCCGUCCCUGUUCUCUGGUUAAGAAUCCUUCCCCCCCUUCCACCUCCCCAUUAAAAAGCACCACCACCACCACCACCGCGACAACUGUAACCGCCAAACUUGCGCUCACCCCGCCUGGCCCCUAACUCGUCCCGGAUCAUGAAGGCGGCCGUCGAUCUCAAACCGACUCUUACCAUCAUCAAGACGGAAAAAGUCGAUCUGGACCUUUUCCCUUCCCCGGACAUGGAAUGUGCAGAUGUUCCACUACUAACUCCAAGCAGCAAAGAGAUGAUGUCUCAAGCAUUAAAAGCUACGUUCAGUGGUUUCACAAAAGAGCAGCAACGACUGGGAAUCCCCAAAGAUCCCCGACAGUGGACGGAAACCCAUGUUCGGGAUUGGGUGAUGUGGGCUGUGAAUGAGUUCAGCCUGAAAGGUGUGGAUUUCCAGAAGUUCUGUAUGAGCGGAGCAGCUUUGUGCGGCCUGGGUAAAGACUGCUUCCUGGAGCUGGCUCCAGACUUUGUUGGUGACAUCUUAUGGGAGCAUCUAGAGAUUCUGCAGAAAGAGGAUGUGAAACCGUACCAAGUUAAUGGAGUCAACCCUACUUAUCCAGAAUCCCGUUAUACCUCGGAUUACUUCAUUAGCUAUGGUAUUGAGCAUGCUCAGUGUGUUCCUCCUUCCGAAUUCUCAGAGCCCAGCUUCAUCACAGAGUCUUACCAGACGCUCCAUCCCAUUAGCUCAGAGGAACUUCUGUCUCUCAAGUAUGAGAAUGAUUACCCCUCAGUCAUUCUCCGGGACCCUCUUCAGACAGACACCUUGCAGACAGACUACUUCACCAUCAAGCAAGAAGUUUUAACCCCAGACAACAUGUGUAUGGGGAGGACCAGUCGUGGAAAGCUCGGGGGCCAGGACUCUUUUGAGAGCAUAGAGAGCUACGAUAGUUGUGAUCGCCUAACCCAGUCCUGGAGCAGCCAGUCAUCUUUCAACAGCCUGCAGCGUGUUCCAUCCUAUGACAGCUUCGACUCCGAGGACUACCCUUCUGCCCUGCCCAACCACAAGCCCAAGGGCACCUUCAAGGACUAUGUGCGUGACCGUGCUGACCUCAACAAGGACAAGCCUGUCAUUCCUGCUGCUGCCCUGGCUGGCUACACAGGCAGUGGACCCAUCCAGCUGUGGCAGUUUCUUCUGGAAUUACUCACUGAUAAAUCCUGUCAGUCUUUUAUCAGCUGGACAGGAGAUGGCUGGGAAUUCAAGCUUUCUGACCCAGAUGAGGUGGCUAGGAGAUGGGGAAAGAGGAAAAACAAACCUAAGAUGAAUUACGAGAAACUGAGCCGUGGCCUACGCUACUAUUACGACAAGAACAUCAUCCACAAGACGGCGGGUAAGCGCUACGUGUACCGCUUUGUGUGUGACCUGCAAAGCUUGCUGGGAUACACCCCUGAGGAGCUCCACGCCAUGCUGGAUGUCAAGCCGGAUGCUGAUGAGUGAUGGACAGGAAAGGGCAGAGCAACUCAUCUGAGACCUUUCGAAGAACAACCGCAUUGGUCGGACUCUUUAAUUUUUAAUGGUUAUUCUAUUUUUUAUUUUCCAGAACUCAUUUUUUAAAAAAUGUUGUUUUGUUUUGUUUUUUACAUUCAGGGGUGGGAGCUAAGGGAGCUGCAGCUGUAAUCCAUUGUGCAGUGGCUGGAAAUGGAAAGCCAGGACUGGUGGGGUGGGGUGGGCAAGGACUUGUAGGGUAGAUUUUCAAAGUAGAGAGAGCGGUCUUCUUAGAAGCUUGAAGGAUCUGACGUAAGGGAGGAAGAGAUUAAUGUGUCCAAUCAUUUUUUAAAAAAUCAUCCAUGAAAAAACAUCCGUCUUCAAUUGUGGACCCGUUAGCAAGAAAAGUUGUCACAUCAAGUCAUGGGACAUGAUGAUGAUGAUGAUGAUGAUGAUGAUGAUGAUGAUGAUGAUGAUGAUAACAAUGAAUUUGCUUUUGCUUUAAAUCAUGGAAGGGAAAAAAAGAAGGAAGGAGGGUGGGCUAAAGACAAUUUUCUUUGGGGGAUGCACUUAAAACCAAGAAUUUAUAUACUUCACUCUGCUUUUCAAAACAAAAGUGGAUUUCUGGGGGGAGGGGCCAAAAUUGUUUUUGUGUUAAAAUUUAUUCUAUUACAUUUUGUGCCAGUAUUUUUUUUCUUAAAAAUCGUCUUAAGCUCUAAGGUGGUCUCAGUAUUACAAUAUCGUGAAAGUUUGUUCUUAUUUGCUGGCUGAGGACUCUGUUACAGUGGAAGAAAACUUUUUAUAUAGACCCCAUUGGAAAAGCAAAGCUCUGUUGCUGAGGUCAGAGAUUCAUUCCCAAGUUCAUGUGACUUAGAUAAGAAGAAGAUGGUCAUGCUAAACUGAGUAGAGGGAGACAGUGCAUGCAAAUCUCACUGAUUAUUUUAUGUUUUAGAAAUUGUCACACUCCCAUAACUUACGUUUCAUUAGAAGAUUCUCGGGGUUUGGACUUAAUGCUGAGCUGAGACACAUUAAGUCUUUGAAAUUGAAUGUAUUUUGCAGCCCUGAUUUUGAACUAUAGUUGAUAUAGAAGCACUGUUGAAGUGGAGGAAAGGAAAUUGAAUGAGGAAGAUUAACUUGGUUCUUGAUUCAUUCUCUACCUGUAACCUAGAUGACUUGGAAUAAAAGCUGUAUGAAUGGGCAUUUUUCCUCAGGUUGUAAGAAGUCUUGAGUGCAUGUUUGUUUUUGUUGUUAUUUUUCUCUCCCCAACUAAUGCUGUAUAAUUCCUUCUUUGUGCCUACUUUUCCCAGCGUCCCACAUUUGUUGAUCCAUCCCCACUCUGAUUAUUCAGCAGAGCAAAAUGUACAGCUUUCUUUCUGAUAUGUCAGCGAGAGUGUGCCUUCAGAGACAACGUGAAUUGAAGACUUGCUGGGUUUUGAAGGCAUGGAAAUUCAGAGGGAAUUUCAGUCAAAUGCGAGGGGGCUGUCUUUGAGAAGGGUUAGGCAAGGUUUUCCUUUGAAGAACUAAAGCUAGUCAGGUAGUAUAUCAGAUGAGAGACUUACAUUUACAAAGGAAAUAGUUCAGACUGUGGUGAGGCCUCAUGCUUGAAUCUGUUAUCUUGGCAGAGGGUAAGUGAAGGUUAACUGCAGAAGGGAUGAAUGAUUGGAAGGCAGAGGACACAGGGCAGGCGCUUGAAUGAAGGAAAUAAGUGGUCCAUAGGAUAUGAAUACAUUUUUAGUUCCCCCAAUGUUUGAAAUACAUAAAUAUAGUUAACUGAGGCAGUCAUCUAUUUGUUGGUUGUGUGUAUAUGUGUGUUGAGUGGGGGGAUCUGAGAAAGAGGUUUAGGGGUAAAACUUAACAUCAAACCAUUGAACUAGUAAGGAAACAUACUUAAUAUGACUCGAAUUCAUCAUAUGUAUACAUAUAUGUAUGUAUAUAUACACAUACAUACAUAUAUACACACACAUAAAAUCUCCAAGUUAAAACGAGAGUGGACUUCAUGAAAGAGGAGAACAGUUAGAUGAAUGUCUCAGGGCCGGCCCUUUGUGAGACUUAGCUAAGAAACUGGAAGUACUAACUACCUUCUAGCAAAAGAGAACUUUUGCUAACUCCUAGACCCCCAUGCAGAUCCUGGCCUAUCAGGAACAUGGCACUGUAUGCUGACCAAUGGGAAUGUCCACACAAACAGCAAAGGCAGAGUGGCCCAGCUGUGCAGGUGCCUUAAUGAAGCUCUCAAAGUAUUUGAGGAGCUGCUCAGGGAGUGUUAGGUGGCAUCAUUUGGACUACAUUGUUUUCUCUUAUAAUUACGUGAUCUUUGUUGGGCACUGGUCAAAUGUGUGUGUGUGUGUGUGUGUGUGUGUGUGUGUGUGUGUGUUCAGACAUGCAGAACCACAACUAAAAUAAUAACUGCAUUUUCUAGUGAAGUCUUCUCCACAUUUCAAUAACAGGUAAGGGUAGAACCAAGGCUAGGUAUUGUCUUCACAGGCAUAUAAUCACUCUAAAUCAUCAGCUUUACCUAUUCCAUUUAUAUUGAAAAACUCCCCUUUGGUGAUUCUAAUACCUGCAACCUCAGUAAGCAGGUAAGAUGUGAGAGAAAUGCCCCAUCCACGCUCUCCUCAGCUCACUUGAUUGCUAAGAUACUCUUUCUCCCUAGAUCCGCCAUUUUCAGGAGUUGUAGAUAAUGUGUUAGUUCAGACAGCUUUGUCCAUCUGGCCACUUGUUUUCUUUUUGUUCCCCCCAAAGGCCAGAGACCACUCCAGGAAGAAUAAGUGGGUGGUUUAUACACUGGAAAUGUAGCAGCAUCAUUGCAUUUAUGCUUUUUAUUAAAAAUAGAAAACAAAAAAAAUCACAUAUGCUAACUUCAGAGGCAGGAUGGGCAAUUCUGUUCAAGCUGGACGACACUGUAUCUUCCCCAUCCCAGAGAAGUUUCAACUUGUGUGGGUUUGGGCUUUAGGGCUCAAUAGUCACAUGUUCCUCCUCCAUGCAGGAGAGGGGUUGCCUUACAGAGAGCCCUGAUGUGGUAGCUGUGGGGACUGGAGAUAGCAUUGAACAAUCAGAUGUGCCCUUCCUCACUUUGGAGAUGAACACUCUGGGUCUUAGAGCAUUAACCUGCAUAACUUUCAUGGUGAGGAAUAUACCUUCUCUUCUGCCUUUCUGUGCAUGCUGCUUUCUCUGUUGGGGUCUAUAUAAAUCUGUUGAACUCUGAACAUACAUUCCAAAGAAGUUUCAAGGAACCAUUAAGUAUAUGUAUACAUAUACAUAUAUGAAAUAGCUAUAGAAAAAUGAAAUGAUCUCUAUCAGGAAUACUACUUCAGUUAUUGAGCUUUUUAUUAAGGAUACUUUUUUUUAAGCUGAGAAGUAUUCGGGUAAAAAAAAAGAUGUUAUAUUGUGUUUGACUAUUUUCCAACUUGUAUUUUCAUAUAAUUUAUAUUUUUUAAAAGCUGAAAAUUUAAAAGCAAGAUUUAAGAAAAAGGAAAAGCAGGUGCUUUUUUAAAAAAAUCAGAACUGAGGUAGCUUAGAGAUGUAGCGAUGUUAAGUGUCUUAUGUGUUUUUUUUUAAACAAAUGCAAAAAAAAUUCUUAUGGGGGAGUUUUUGUUUAUUUUAGUAGUUGAUGCUGGCACAUCAUUUUGCUGGAGAGUUUUUUAUAUACUGUAGCCUGGUUUCAUAUUGUAUUUUAAACUGUGUGAAAAUUAAAAAGAAAAGAAUUUCAUUCAUAA